AUGGAGAGCGGCUCCGAAGAGGAAGAUAAUGUCGUGUAUCUGCGCGAGGAGCUGCGCAACAAGACGCAGGAGCUCAAGCAGAUGCAGGACGAGUUCGACGAGUACACGCAGUCCAGCCACGAGCUGGAACUAGAGCUAGAGCAGGAACUGUCCCGUGUGGAGAAGCGCAACACACACUUGCUUAGCAAGAAUCAAUACUUGGAACGUGACCUGCAGAUCGCUCGCAAUAAGUUGGAGGAGGCGCUGGAUCAGACGCGCCAGUUCGAGAACGAGCUGCAGGCCACUCGUACCGAGCUGGACACAGCCACACAGGCGUGUCGUAAGCUUGAACAGCAGCAAGAUGAACUGGAGACGCAAGUGCGUGUCCUGCGGGCCACCGAGUCUGAUAUUCGUCACAAAAUGGAGCGCGAGAUGGAGGAGAAGGUUUUCCUACUGAGCGAUCAAGAGGAGCUCCAGCAUGAACACGAAUUGGCCACUGAGCGCUUCCGUACCGAGAUUAUGGACCUCAAAUCGGAGCUCUAUGCACUGCAGCAAAAGUACGAAGACGCCACGACGGUAUCCGAGACGUUCUCAAACAACGAAAGUAUGGCUACGACGCGUAGUCAAUCAGAGGACGACGAUGAAGGCUACGACUCUAGUUUUAACGAGAACUCGCUGCGUCACUCUACUGUGCACGAGCGUGACGAAAUCAGUCGAGAAGUGCUGAUUGAGUCGCUUCGUGAGGAGAUCGAGGCGCUUUCGUCUACUGUACAGGACGAAACGGAGGCGCGCGCAGCAGCUGAAGCCGAGAUGCAGCAACUCCGCGAGAGUCUAGCUCACAUGGAGGCUAUGGAGGCGGAAAUGACGGAAAUGACCGACGAGUUGAUAGGCAAAUCGCAAGAAAUUCGUACUCGUGACGAACAAAUUGAAGAACUGCGGGAGUCAUUGCUGAAGCUGCAGUCUGAGAUGGCUACAGCCAACGAUGGGGGUAUUGCGUUCACGAACGAACGUGAGAACAUGCAGCGUCAGCUUGAAGACAAGGACAAGGAGAUUACUGCCCUGAAGGACGAACUGGACACCCUUAAGUCGCAAUAUGAUGAUCUGGCUGAGAGUGAACGUCAACUCAAGACUGAACUUGAGCACGAGAAUGAAGCUGUGGACGAGCUGAAGGAGCAAGUUGAGACUUUGACGAGGAACUUGGAGGAGAGCAAACAAGAGAGAAGUGAGCUGGAACGCAAGCUGCAGUUUGGCAAGGGCGAGAUAUCGCAGAAUCGCAAGGAGGUUGAAGAGCUGAAUAGCAUGAAUUUGGACCUCCAGAAGCAGCUAGACGAAGCAACCAAGAGAACCUCCGAGCUGGUGCGUGUAUCGGCUUUGUCGACUGCUUCUACUGUGCCGUCUGUCUCAGAGAAGGAAGUGGCGGAGUCUAAGCGACUGAAGAUGGAGAUCCAGACUUUGCGGACGUCUUUGAACUCACUAUCGGCGGAGAACGCGCGGCUGAGGAACCAGGAGGGCAUGUCGUCGAGUGUUGUACCGGCUAAACGGGUAUCAGCUGACGUGUUGCAAGUGAACUUUACGCCUGAACAGCUUGCACGCAAGUAUCUGGCAGAACGAACGCGUAACGCUUCGUUGCUUUCGCGUCUGCAGACUGUCUGCGGUAACAUCCAGGUGUUCUGUCGUGUGCGACCGAUUAUCAAUGAGGAGCUGGAGAAAUCGUGGGGCUCCAAGCUGGCAGUUAACGUUGUGAAUCAGUCAGACCUGGCGGCUAUGGACAUCCGACCGGAUCGUUCGUUCUCUAAUGACCCGGAUGGCAGCAAGGGGAAUAUGGAGGCCUUGGCUAACAACAGUUCGUGGAAAGUGUUCACGUUUGAUCGCAUUUUGGGCCCCGAAGAGACUCAAAACGACGUGUUCCGUGAAGUGGAGCCCAUCGCGCAGUCAGUUGUGGAUGGAUUUAAGGCAUGCAUCUUCGCGUAUGGACAAACUGGCUCAGGUAAAACGUACACUAUGGAGGGAACUCCCAGCGAUCCUGGUCUAAACUACAAGAUCAUCAGUCAUCUCUUCCAGUCGGUUCAACUGCGUGGAGCGAUUUACACACCUGAACCUGAACACGAGAAGGAUCAAGACGAUGAGAUGAACGGUCUGCAUGGUACAGUGGAAUCUUCAGUGUACCACGUUCAAGUGGGCGUGUUGGAGAUCUACAACGACUCAUUACGCGACUUGAUCAACACAAACAACUCGAAGGGUCUGGAGAUUCGUCACGAUUCGGCCACUGGAGACAUUUGCGUUCCUGAUCUGACGAUGGCGACAGUGUCUUCCCCUCAGCAAACGAUCGACGUCCUUCGGAACGCGCAAACCAACCGUGUUACUGGGAAAACGAACUCGAACAUGCACAGCAGUCGAUCGCACAGUAUUGUGAUUGUUCAGAUCUCGAAACGCCGACCGGAAAGUGACGAUGCUGACAAGGAUCCAGCCGAUAUUGAGGUGGAUGAAGAGGGAUGUGGUAAGCUGUAUCUCGUGGAUCUUGCUGGCUCCGAGAGAGUCAAGAAGAGCAACGUCAGCGGAGAUAUGCUCAGGGAAGCUGCUCAUAUCAACAAGUCUCUCUCGGCUCUGGCAGAUGUGAUGGAGGCUCUGGACAAGAAGAUGGCGCACGUUCCGUACCGUAACUCGAAGCUCACAUAUUUGCUACAGGAUGUACUAAACUCGUCGUGCAAGACAGUGAUGAUUGUGAACGUUGGUCCGACGAUCGAGAACGCGAGCGAGACGUUUCGGUCGCUUCAGCUAGCGGAGCGUGUGCGCAAUAUUGUGGUGGGUCGGAACCAGAUUGUGAAGAACAAGAAGGACAUACUAUCUGCCAAGAAGGCGUUCGCAGAGCUGCAGUCGUUGAAGCAACAGAUGCAAAUCUCCAAGAGGAAGUACAUGCAAUCGCAACAAUCUGUGGUCGCUCUGAAACGCGACCAGAAGAACCAAUCGGAAAAACAGUCGGCCACGUUGCAGAACCGGCUUAGAUCAUGGGAGACGCAGAAUGAGAGUCUAAAGACUCAGAACGAAUCCCUGAAAAAGCUCGUGGAUGAUCUGAGUAACCAGCUCAAGGCGGAGCGAGAGACCAAGCAGAAAGAAGCGGAACAACGCGAAGCAGCUCAACGAUUGCUACGACAACAGAAUGCAAAGACGCGCGUGUCUUCAUCGCAGCAAGAGGCGCAACAAAAGUUGCUUCACGAACGCGAAGAAGAGAUCAAGAAGCUACGUCAACAGCUGACCGAAGCCAGACGACGAAGUACUACCUCACUUAUCCCUCGGUUACCGGUGUCAUCGCCUCCGAUGAAGAAGUCAAAGAGCACUCGACCUGCCAGCACACCCGGUAACAACCAGCAAGAUGGAGAUAGCGCAAGUACAUCGUCAGAUCAAAGUCCUCUGAGUAGCAAGCGUCCGAGUUCGCUUGGCUCAACGCGGUCGUCGUCAGCACGGUCAACAACCAAAUCGAAAUCAGGCGCUUGGAAGUAA